AAUUGAUUGAUUCAUCAUUUCAUGUUUAAAUUUUGGAAGAAAAAACAAAAGUGAACCUCGCCGGAUUUUGUUGCUGGAAAACCAAACUGGGUAAUGUAAAUUCAGUGGGUAAUUUUUUUGAUAAAAAUUUUAAGCGAGUAGUUGUUCACAAAAUGACCUAUUAUGCGGAUAGUUUCUGACAAUUUUUUUUUCCUAAGACAAUCACCCGAAUUUUCCUACACUACUGUCAUUAAUGAAAUCAUAUCAGUUCCACCGAAAAUAACCCCGAAUCCCCUUUAAAAAAAAAAAAAAAAAAAAACCGAAUCACUUUCUCUCCCUCUCGAAAUUCCUACAGAGACAACAAUGGCGCUGAUUUUCAUGCUCUCACCAUAACCAAUGGCGGACCAGCAUCACCAACCCCACCACCAGCAGCAAUCCCACUCAUCAAUAAGAAAUCGUUGUUAUUCGUUCACCCAACACCAACAGCAGCAGCAGCACCAUCAUCAUCAUUCUAUGUCGCUUCCGAUAUCGCAACCUCAGCCGCAGCAGCAGCAAUCAGUUAGUGACCGGAGCAGCGUCGAAUUGCGUGCUGUCGAUUGUAAUCUCGCCUCUUUGUGUGAUCACAUUCAAUUGGAGGGUUUUAACAAUGGCGUUUUCUCCGAUAUUGUUGUUAAUGCUAUGGACUCUACAUAUCAUCUUCAUCGCUUGAUUCUUUCUCGCAGCUCUUAUUUCAGGAAUAUGCUUCAUGGUCCUUGGAAAGAAGCAUCUGCCCCCGUCUUAAGUUUGCAGAUAGAUGAUCCAAAUGUUAAUGCGGAGGCCAUUGCUAUUUCAUUGGCAUACCUUUAUGGUCAUCACCCUAAGCUUAAUGACAAUAAUGCAUUCCGUGUUCUUGCUGCGGCAUCCUUUCUUGAUCUCCAGGAAUUGUGUGCUAUUUGUACUGACUUUAUCAUCGCUGAGCUGUGGACUUCAAAUUUCUUAGCCUAUCAGGUGUUCGCAGAACAUCAAGACUAUGGCAUACAUGGGGAAAGAGUUAGGAAUGCUUGCUGGGGCUACCUUUGCCAGAGUGGUUUCAUGGAAUUAAAAGAGGUUCUACCAAAUCUUUCAUCCCAAACAUUGCACGCGCUACUGACCUCAAAUGAACUUUGGGUACCUAGUGAAGAGAAACGCUUUGAAUUGGCAUUAUAUACAUUGGUUAAAAAAAGUGCUCUCAACAAGGGUGAAUCCCAUGAAAAGCAGAGUACAAGCCUGGAAACAGGGAUCUCAAAUCAACAUGACUUGUCUCAAUUCAAAGGAAAGAACAUUAUUGAUGCUUGCUGUAAUAGAAAUUCAGAAGCUGAUACGGUACUUCAAGUUGCUUGCAGUGAGCCAAAUUCAGGAGCUGAAUAUCCUAACAACUUCGAACAACCUUCCCUUGCUACCAACUACUCUGAUUCAGAUAGAAAUAGGCCCUCUUCUUCUUACGUCAGAAUGCCAGUUAAUUUUGCUGCCAGUGGACAGGGAAGUGAAGCUGCACUAGUAGAAGGACCAUCCGAAGAAAGCAUAUGCUGCCAUUUUAGUAGUUCUAAUUGGUUGUCUGGAAAUGAUUCAAGGGAUUGCUCUUCAUCAUCAAUAAACUCUUCCUGCAACGAUAUCGUGCCUGAUGAAUGGAGCAGAAAUGAGUUGGCUUAUUUAUGGGGUGGAAGGACUGUUGGAAGAAGGCAGGUGAAGAGUUACGGUAAAGGGAACUGUGGGUUGAGAGGAGAAGAGUAUGAUACAUUCAUUAACAUUUUUGAAGAAGGUUCAGUUUUGUACUGCAAUAUGUCUUUUGAGGCUCUUUUAGAUAUGAGAAAACAGCUUGAAGAGUUAGGUUUCCCUUGCAAGGCAGUGAAUGACGGUCUUUGGCUGCAGAUGCUUCUCAGUCAGAGGGUUCAAGAAAUUGCUGCUGAAACAUGCAAAAAUUGCUGCCUUUUAGGCAUGGCAUGUGCAUGCAAACAGCCAUUUAACUUUUCCCAUGGUACUGGAACCACAAACUACUAUGUCCAAGCUUCUGAUCAGAAUAAUAAUUCACCAGGCAAUAUUGGUGAUUUGUAUGUUGCGGGUCCUGCUAAUGGUGAAGGAAAUGGUUUGUUUAGACCCGUGAGAGUAAAUGUUAGGGGUUCAAAUGAUGGACUUGCUGGUAUCGGGCGUGGAGCUACACUGGUCCCUGCUUCCACUUGGUGUCCAACUCGUUUUGUAUUUUCCCGUGUUCCGUUUGGUGUGGGUAACAGGAAUGGUCAGCAAUCUCUUGCUAAUGAUGAUCUGGAAUUGAGACCUGACCAACAUGGUGACAUGUCUGGAGAUGGACUUACUGCCUUGGUUGGACUGAGUGACGGAGGAAGAAAUAUUAAUAAUCAAGGGUGGCAGACAGAGAGUGCUUUUGAUAUAGCUCUAAGAAAUAGUUUCAUUGAGACCUCUGCUGCUGGGCCAAGUGGCAGUGGUACUCAGAUGGGAGAGUCUUCAGACCAAAAUAUUGACGGCCAGUGUGAGAACACAAGCAAUGCAUCUAUAUCCUUAGAUAUGAAGACACCUCUAAGUCACUUCCCACCAUUUCGAUUUGGGGUAGAAUUUGCUGAUGUGCACCGACUUAAUGAUGGUCAGGUUAAACACUCUCCUGAAGCAUUUUAUGCUGGUUCAUUUUGGAAAAUAAGUGUUCAAGCUUUUAAUGAUGAAGACCCUCAAGGGCGUAGGACACUCGGCUUAUUUAUUCAUCGCCGGAAGGCUGAAAUAAUGGAUCCUCAAAGGAAGGUGCAUAUGUAUGUGGACUCUCGUGAAAAAGUUACAGCUCGCUAUCAGUUGAUCUGUCCAUCAAAGCGAGAAGUUAUGGUGUUUGGAAGCUUCAAGCAAGCAGGUACUCUUUUACCAAAAGCCCCAAAAGGCUGGGGCUGGCGCAGUGCUAUACUCUUUGAUGAGCUUCUCGAUCUUCUCCAAAACGGGUGCUUCAGGGUUUCUGCCGUUGUACAGCUUGUAUAGAUUUGACAAUGUGGCAGUCCCAUUCCGUGUCUUGAUUUUCCUUUUGUCAUUAAUAUAAUUAUGUAUCAUCUAACAUCCGCAAGGAUGACUUAGGUGGUCUUAUCAAAAGGAUUAGCCUAAUUUUCUUUCUUAUAAGAGAGAAAAUGGAGAAAAUAAAUGUUAUUGCUUACUACAUAUUUUCUUCCUUAUAAGAAGUACAUUUCAUGAA